AUGGCCAAGCAAAUCGAGGCUGCGGCUGAAAGCGAGUCUCUUCUUGGUUCGGACGGCUCAAGCGACGAGGCCCACUUGGAAAAAGAAGAGCAAUACAUUAUUGACGAUGCGAUCAGCCGCAAGAAAUCUAAGUACGACCGACCGGGCUCGUCCAACUCGGACGAGGCGCUGGACUAUGGCAACCGUACGGAUGCCUUUGAUACGGAAAAAGAGCACAACUUCGAAGAAGACGACGAGUUCUGGAAUACUCUGUCGCCCUCCAGGACAAAUUAUGGCGAUGCCGUGAUUGAAAAUGAAAUGUUCAAACCACAGCAGCCGUCCUUUUCUGACUUUUUUGACUCUUCUGACGAAAUGGAUGAAGCACAAGUCCACGACGAUGACGAUGACGAGAUGUUGACUACCGAUGAAGACACUGAGAGUGUUUCGGACAGCAGCUCUACCAUCAGCAACGCGUCUCUUUCUGCGCCUUUGAUUGCACACUUCGGCAAAACACGCGACCGCCACGACGACGAGGGAGACGGUGAUGAACCAGCGACUGAUGAAGAUGAAGAUGGCUCUUUGCGAAGUGCUAUUCCUCUUCUUGUCAUUGAAGAUUUGGAUGGCCGCUUGAUCUACGCCCGUGCAGGUGACGGCGAAGCGGUGUUUGGCUCUGACGGCGAGUUCGAAUUUGCAGGAGAGAGCGACGAGGACAUUUCUAGUGAUGACAUGGGCGAAUAA